UGCCGCUGUCCACGGUCGACAACCCUGAGCGACUAAUAAACCAAGCAACGGCGACCCGAACAAACACCUCAUCCCAGCGUACUACGCGUGCAAGUGUUGGGUGUAAUAAAAUUAACAAAUUCGAGAGUUCCUUCUUCGUUUUGCGGUUUACAUCACUGCAAACUUGAGGGUGCUCUAGCUUGGGUGGUAAUGGCCGCAGAACGGACGAUCGAUCGAGCUUCGAGCUGUCGAGACAAAGGACGCCCAGGCACUCGCAGUCAGUCCCGGUUCCCCUCUGCACGUCCAGCUCGCUAGUGGCGACCAUUUUCGUUGAACGACAUUUGACCCGUUUGGCUUUUGCUGUUGUUUAUUGAAAGCUCAACAGUCGGUCGAGGAAUGGUAUGUGGAAUUCAAAUAGCCGUACAAUAAAAACUUAACACUUUAAUAACGCGACCGACGCCUUUUUUUCUCCAACAAAUCAACACACACACUCGGGUGUACGAGCAACGCUGUCAAAAAGUUCAUGACUUAACUUUGCCGUGGAAAAUUAAAUGCUUGGACGAUAAAAGGGCCCGUACGGUUAAACUCUACGACGUUUUCAAAAGAUUACCCUACAGUAGUUGUGAUAUAAAAUUAAGAAGACACAAGAGAAUACAUAGUAUGUCCAAGAGAAACAGCGAUCUAGAAGGCAAUGAAGGGCCUUCUUUUAAGAAACAGCAACUGGAGCCAAAUUUUGAUGACUUAACAAGCCAUCUAGAAGGCAAUGAAUGUCCCUCUGCAAAUGUAUCGGAACUCGAAUCAGUUGUCCAUGAUGUAACAAGCAGCAAUCAAGAAGGCAAUGAAGAUUCUUCUGUAUUAACAUCAAAACUUGGAUCAGAUGUGGAAGACGUUAGCGAAUUAGAAGGCAACGAAGGAUCCUCUGCACUAAAUGCUCAACUCGAUUCAGAUGUUAAUGACCUAACAAGCCAUAAUGACCUCUCAAAUCAGUUUUCAAACAAUGAAUUGUCGGAACAAACUGAACAUGACAAUUUUUCAGAUAUAUCAGAGACUUUGCCAAACAAAAAUACAUUGGCCCUAUUAAGACAAGAGAUUUACGAUCUUGAACGUCAGCGAUUACUACAUUCGUCAUCAAUAAAUUCUAUAAAUUUCAUAAAUCACUAUUGGAAUCGAUUCGAUAAGGACUGGUGUUUAAUGUUGCAUAAAUUAGCUGGCGAUUCUCAAGAAACAUUUAGUUGCUUAGAUAUAAGCUCAUCGACUACAUAUUCAUCAUAUCAGAUGAUCUCAGAAUUACACCCAGAUAAUUUGGAGGAGCAGUUAGCUAGUCGCGUGGAGAAAACUAAAAAUGUCAUAAUGGAUGUCAUUGGAGCUUUUAAUAAGCAUAAGGAAAGAAAAGAGAAGUUGGAAUUAGCUCUCGAAAGACUAUCAAGAGAAGAUAUGGAAGACGACAAUACUGCACAAGACGUUUGGAAUACCCUUAUUUGUGAAAAUGAAAAUCUGCAACAUUUGACCGCGACAUUACAGAAAUAUUAUCAUGAAUCGACGCCAAUGGCUGAUAAACUUAUGAAGGCUUAUGAACCUCAAUAUUGUGAACUAAGGAGAUUGCAAUGUAAAUAUGAAAGAUUUUUCCAGCAAAACAAAUAUCUUCACGAAAAAAAUUAUCAACUGGAAAUAGAUCUAGCAACAUUAAGAUUUGAUCUUAACAACAUGCUAUUGGAUGAACCUGAAGCACAAGCAAGACCAGACUUGGAUGAAGAUAUUAUGUUUAUUGAUGACGACGCUCCACAAAUUCAGGAUAUAUUACAACCUGAUGUUCCUGACGGUGAUGUUUCUCAAAACGGUGAAAACGUGGAACAAAUAUUUAUUCCACAAGAACAAGAUCCUAUAGAAGCAAUAGGAUUACAGAAUUGUGAACGAUUGGAAUCAAUAUCUUUGCCGUUAAAUGAGCCUGAAUAUCCUACAGAUGCAGCUGAUGAAUUAAACAAAUUAGCCAUUAGCUCGUUAUCCGACAUGGAGUGCUCAAUUGAUGAUAAAAUUCAAGAUAUGGAUUUUUUGGAACCAUCGACUUCAAAAUUUUAAUUUAGUUCGUUCCAUCAUAUAAAAAGACAUAAAACCCUCUCUUACAAAAAAGUUUAUAAAGUCAGUUUUUUAGAAAAAC